UAAACAGUGCAUCGCAGAAUACUUAAAUUGCCAUAAUCUUUUUGGAAUCGUCGAAAUUUGGACGUAAUUAAGCAGGAACCGGGGCCUUAGACAAACUGAUCCACAAUGGGAGAACGAAAGGGACAAAACCACUACUAUCCGCCGGAUUACGACCCGAAGGUGGGAAGUUUGAACAAAUGGCACGGAACGCACGCCCUGCGGGAGCGUGCCCGCAAGAUUCACCUGGGUAUCAUCAUCAUCCGCUUUGAAAUGCCCUACAACAUUUGGUGCGACGGCUGCAAGAAUCACAUCGGAAUGGGCGUUCGAUACAAUGCGGAGAAAACGAAAGUUGGCAUGUACUAUUCGACGCCAGUUUUCCAAUUCCGAAUGAAAUGCCACCUCUGUGAUAAUCACUUUGAGAUCAAAACGGACCCGGCCAACCUGGACUAUGUGAUAGUGUCCGGUGCGAGGCGGCAGGAAAACCGCUGGGAUCCAACGCAAAACGAGCAGAUUGUACCGGAAACGAAGGAGGCUCAGAAGAAACUUUUCGACGAUGCAAUGUACAAGCUGGAACACGGGGCAAAGGACACGAAGGUGGCCGAAGAUGCGAAGCCCGUACUGGGUGCACUGUAUCAGCGAAACACCAGCAUCUGGAAGGAUGAUUUCGAGGCAAACAGCCGACUUCGGGCGGAAUUUAGGGCCAGCAAAAAGCAGAUUAAACAGCAAGAUGAUAAGGACAAAGCAUUGCUGGCGAAAUCCAGUUUGGAUAUUUCACUUCUUCCGGAGAGCGAUUCCGAUCGAAAGAUGGCCGCUCUGAUGCGUCUUCACUCCGCUAAAUCCAUUGCGGAGAAAGAUCGCGAACGACGGUAUGCCAUCCUAACUAGACCGGCUCUGCCUUCGUCAUCAAGUGAGUCGUUGAAAAAGCUUAAAGUUAGCAGCGCCAAACUACAACCGACUAGCCUGGGAAUAGUUAAACGGCCAGCAACCGCGGCAGCAAAGUCUACCAUUACGGCGUCCGGUCAGGAAUAUGCGGCUGGGAAAAAACCAAAGCUUUUGCUUUGUAAUUAUAGUUCGGGAUCUAGUGAGAGUGAUUGAGAACCAACCAACAUAAAACGUGCCUUCCAAGUAGGACGAGCGUCUAAGUAACUGUAUG